AUGGCAAUGGUCCCUCAACCUCUGAUUACGCUUCUCCUCUUUCUCUCCCUUCUUUCAAUUGUGAACUCCUCUCCUUCUCAACACGUUCAGAUCGCCAAUGCCGAACGCAGGAUUGACUUGACCUCUCAUAUCAUUAAGGUGUACUUGACAUUGAAGGUUGAAAAUUUGGGGACAUCUGCUGCUUCUGAAGUACAUCUGGCCUUUUCACCCACUGAAGUUGAACAUCUAGCAACACUCAAAGCUGCUGCAACUUCUGGGAAGAGGAAGAAGAAAACUUAUGUUCCUCUUGAUGUCAAAUCUGCUGAGUUACCUGAUGGACCAAAUGGAACUAAGUUUUUCUCUAUAGCUUUGUUAAGUCCAUUAAGUAAAGGUGAAACCACAACACUGGAGGUGCUUUACAUAUUGACACGUUCUCUGGAACCUUUCCCAGUUGAAAUAAGUCAAUCAGAGUCACAAUUGGUUUAUUUCCGUGAUAGUGCAAUAUUAUUGUCUCCCUAUCAUGUCAAGCAACAGACAACUUUUAUUAAGACACCAAGCACUCGGGUAGAAUCAUUCACAGUGGUGGACCCCACUAAACGUGCUGGUACAGAGUUGAAAUAUGGGCCAUAUGAAAGUCAACCCCCGUAUUCAUAUUCUCCUGUACUUGUUCAUUUUGAAAAUAACAAUCCAUUUGCUGUUGUUGAGGAGCUAGAACGGGAAAUUGAAAUAUCUCACUGGGGAAGCAUUCAAGUCACAGAGCGAUAUAGCUUAGUCCAUGCUGGUGCUCAACAUAAAGGUGUCUUUUCUAGGGUUGAAUAUCAAACUAGACCAGGUGGUACUGGUGUUUCCUCAUUUAAAAAUCUUUUAGCAAAAUUACCCCCUAGGGUCCACUCAGUAUACUACAGGGAUGGAAUAGGAAAUAUUUCCACUUCACAUCUACGUACAGAUUCUAGGAAGUCAGAACUUGAAAUUGAACCUCGGUAUCCUCUAUUUGGAGGCUGGAAAGCAACCUUUGUCAUUGGUUAUGGACUACCAUUGCAAGACUUCCUUUUUGAAGCUCCAGAUGGCAGAAGAUACCUCAAUUUUACUUUUGGUUGCCCUCUUGUCGAGACAGUGGUUGAUAAGUUGAUUGUAAAAGUUGUGCUGCCGGAGGGAUCCAAAGAUCCCACAGCUGAGAUUCCUUUUGAAGUAAAGCAACAUCUUGAGAUCAAGUAUUCAUAUCUUGAUGUUGUCGGCAGGACUGUGGUGGUUUUAGAAAAAAGAAAUGUAGUUCCUGAGCAUAAUAUUCCUUUCCAGGUAUACUACGGUUUUAACCCUAUAUUCAUGCUUGCUGAGCCAUUGAUGCUAGUAUCUGCAUUUUUCUUGCUUUUUGUUGCUUCUGUCGCAUAUCUUCACGUUGAUCUUUCCAUACGCAAGUGA